CUCUCAUUUUUCAUCAUAACCAACAUUUUGGCUUGAAAAAAAUACAUAAACCAAAAUGGGGUUGUUUAAUAUAUCACUCACACUUCUUUUUCUCCUAGGGUUAGCCAUGGUUCAUUCCUCUCAAGCCCAGAACACAAGACAAGACUACCUCGACGCCCACAACGCGGCUCGUGCAGCUGUUGGUGUUGGUCCCAUGACAUGGGACGACAAGGUGGCCGCGUUUGCACAGAACUACGCGAACCAGAGGAUUGGAGAUUGCAACAUGGUGCAUUCGACGAAUAGGCCAUACGGAGAGAACCUAGCGGCGGGCAGUGGUGACUUCACUGGCCGGGCUGCAGUGAACAUGUGGGUGGGAGAGAAGGCUAACUAUAACCACAACUCGAACUCGUGUGUUGGGGGUGAGUGCUUGCACUAUACUCAGGUGGUUUGGCGCAAUUCGGUCCGGCUCGGGUGUGCUAGGGUUAAGUGCAACAAUGGGUGGUGGUUUGUGAGUUGCAACUACGAUCCUCCUGGCAACUACGUAGGGCAACGCCCUUACUAAGAGAUGGUACUUGUUUAAGUCCAUGCAUGCAUGAUUUGAUAUAUUAUAAAUAAAAGUUGUAUUGAUGAUGGAUAAUAACAAUACAAAUGGAAAAUAAAUUACUCCGUAUUACGUGUA